UAUGACACUCACGCUGAAAGGUGGUUGGUGCGGUGCGGUGAACCAUGGGGACGAGGGAGGAGGUAGUGGAAAUAGAGAGGCUGGAGGAGAGUUUGUUGGAGAAGAACGAGCGAGAAGACGAGGAAGCGGUGCUUUAUGCGGCGUCGUUUCGGGAAAUGGAAGAGGGUUUCGUCAAGUACCAAACGGUGCAGUGGGUGCUUUACUCGGUGUUGCUGAUUUUGGCGUGGGGCAUUGGAAUUCUGAUGCUGCUUUAUCUUCCUGUGAGAAGGUUUAUACUUAGGAAGGAUGUUCGUUCCAGAACGCUCUAUCUCACUCCGAAUGCCAUUGUUUACAAGGUUACGAGGCCGGUAUGGUUUCCGUGCUUUGGAGUGCUGAAGAAGGAGAAACACGUUUUGCUGCACUCUGUGGCAGAUGUUGUGAUUGAACAAGGAUACUUGCAAUCACUUUUCGGUGUAUAUUCUCUUAGAAUUGAAAAUGUUGGAGUUAGAAGGCCACCCAGUGAUGAUGUUAAAAUCCAGGGCGUUGCAAAUCCAAAUGCUUUUAGGAAGGCUGUUAUGAUGCGUCUAUCGAACAUGAGAAAUGAGAUUUUGUCAAGACAGGUCUCUACAUUAGAAGAUGUUCCACAUCAUCUGAUGAUGUCUCCAUCAAUGUCAUUGAAACAUGAUCCUAAUCCUUCUGGGGAGCUGCUACUAAUGCAGAAACUAGAGGAAGUUGGAAGCUCUGUCAAGAGAAUUCAAUCUUUAUUUGAGGAGCAACAAUCUCAAAUAACAGAGUCCAUAGAUUGAGGGAAUAUGGUAGAUAAUAAUCAAUAUCUCUUCCAGGGCAGUUCUGAUUAGGUUUACUUGGUUAACAGCCCCUAGAACUAGAAGUGUUUGUUGCCACCACCUGCAAUAAUGUUAGUGUUAGUUUGUAUUCUAUAUUGCUCAAGUGCGCCUCGUAUUUCUGUUUUUAUAGAAAAACUUGUACAUCUUGAUUGUUAUUGUGGCUUGAACGUAUCUAUCUUGACUUGACAUAAAUACUUUUCUAUUUUUUUGACGUAUAUGUAUUGUUUGAUUAUUUCUGCUGCAA